AUGCCGUGGUCUGAUCUGAAUUUUAGUUGUUAUUGGCCACACAGUAACAACAACAGCAAUAAAGAUGCCACAGGUAUUUAUUACCAUACUGCAGCAAUCGGAGUUCUGGUAGCAGUGAUGAUGUUUACUAUUGUAAUGGACCUGACUGGGAAUGUGCUAGUUAUUUUAUCCAUCGUAAGAAACAAAAAACUUAGAACUACUGGAAAUUACUUUGUUAUCAACUUGGCUCUGGCUGAUUUACUUGUAGCAGUAUACCCUUAUCCUACAAUUUUAGUUGCACUUUUUCAAAAUGGUUGGACAUUGGGAGAAACUCAGUGCCGCCUGAGUGCUGCCCUUAUAUGUCUGAGUUGCAUUGCAUCUGUCUAUAACAUUACAGCAAUAGCCAUUAAUAGAUACUGCUGUAUUUGCCAUGCUUCCAGAUACAAUCUGCUGUUCAGUGAGAAAAACACUUACACCUGCAUUGGCUCUAUAUGGGUAUUGUCUGUCAUCACGUUUUUACCUAUGGUAUUUUACAACAUGUUGCACUAUGAUCCACGUAUAUACCAGUGCACCUUCCUGCGGAGUGUCAAUCUAUCAAUCACCCUUGGUAUAGAGAUCACACAUUUCUUUGUCAGUACCAGUAUUGUAAUAUUCUGCUACACAAAAAUUUGGAUAAUGAUCAUUGAAGUCAAAUUUCGGGUCAGAAAACAAAGCAAGCAAAAGCUGAAAUCUAAUGAACUACAACAGUUUUUCAUCAUGUUCCUAGUUUUUGCUCUUUUCUCAGUUUGCUGGGGACCUUACAGCGUAAUAGGAUUUGCAAUAGCAAUUGGUCCAAUGCAUUUAGAGUCCAGCAUUCCAUGCUGGGUGUAUCCUGUAUCAUCCUUUCUGGCUGCUUUUAAUAGUUGCUUGAAUGGCAUUCUCUAUGGUGUAUUUAACCAAAAUUUCCGUAAUGAAUACAAACGUUUCAUUUUUUACUGUGUUUGUUUAGGCAAUUGUGAUCCUGACAGUGAUAGUGCAGAAUUUGUACCACCUGAUGUUAGAAUAUCGGUAGCCUCUGAUGAUGAUGGUGGUAAUAUAAAGGCACAGUCAGGGAAUACAGAAGUUCAGUUUGACACUGAGUUGCAAGGCAUGAAAUCAUAA